AUGAUGUCUCGACCUUUAUUGACAAAAAACGCCCUCAUUAGCAAUUACGAAUGCAAUUCUAUAUCACCUACUAAUACUAAUUUCCAUACAUUACACCAACAAGUUUUCUUAUUGCAAAGUCCCGCCUUUACAGAAUCUUCAUAUGUUUCUUCUUCAUCACAGUCAUUUACAAAUUCUAUCUUGAGAUAUCAAGAGGAAAGUGAAUAUCCUUGGAACAAAUGGGAGGAUUCAAUCAUUGAUUUCGAUUUCGACCAAGAUACCGUAGCGAUGGAAAAUGAUACCACGGGAAAUCUUUCAAGGACAGCCUCAGCCGCCUCAAUGAGGAGUCAACGGUCGCAGACGGUACGCGGAAAAUCACGAAGAUUUGUUUCGCAAAUAUCGAGCUCCGCAUCAUCAAUAUCGGAUAAGUCAUUGACUUCUUUCCCCUCCUUCUCCGGUGGCUCGCCAACACAAGAACGAUCUCACUUUAUCUUACCCGCAAAUGAUGGAAUUGCGAAUCGAAAAGCUUCCGCUGCAACUUCCAUAGUCGAUAGCUUAACUACGUCCUCCCCUUCUUCGCACAGUCGCACAGCCUUAUUCGAUGAUGCGCCCUUAGGCUCUUCUCAUGUACCUGGGUCGGUACAUCAUGCAAAUGAUGAACACAUUGAGAGAUUGAUAGCAAGGAAUGGAGCCGUUAAGCUGGUCAGACAAAUUGCAGAGGAUUUGGCUCGACGAGAUGCGCAAAUGGCCGCUCUCAGGCGCAAAGCGGAAGAAAGGGAGAGAGCAUUGAGAAAGAUUAUCUUGGAAUGUGGUCUAUCGAAUCUGGACUUAGAGACUCGUCUGCGAGCCAUCGAAGGCGAGGCAAAGCUCUCUGGAGCUCCCGUUCCACCAAGCGAGUCUGCAUUAGAGGAUCUAAUGAAUGAUGCCAUGAGUGAAACAGUGAUCGUAGGAGAACUGGACAGUAUGGAAAAUGAUGCUACAAUACGGGCCAAGGAGCCUGCGGCGGAUAGGCCAAUUGCUGGGACAUCAAGAGGUUGGAAGGAGUAUAUUUGGGGUGGGACAAGCAGGACAAGUCGUACAAACAGUCGAACCAGCAGCAUAAAUGGAGACGCGGUCACUAACGGCGCAGUGCGUAGUGGAGGUCCAGGUCGACGCUCAAUUCUAAAGAAUGAUCUUUUCCAUCCACCAGAUGCGGUCUCUUCCUUGGAAAACUUGAGUCGUCCUCCAAGCUGUGGUUCAACAACUGGCAAUCGGCAGAGGAAGCAAUCUAGUCUCGCGACUUUGGCACUAAAACUCGUUGCCGGUACCUCGACCGUUCGUGAUCCAGAUGGUACAACCAGUCGUGGCAGAUCUGACAAUGCCGAAAGCGAACCACCUGGUCGUAAUCCUUCUAGGGCCAGUACCAAAACUACAAUGUCUGCUCGGGCGGCACCAAAAACGAACCCGAGAGCCAUACGCAACCCUACCCACUUGACACAAAACACAACCGUUGCUACACAGGAGAGGUGGGAUACAAUGGGGUCUAGUCCACAGGGAUCCAGUACCGCGGGCAUUGAGAACUUUGGCCCUGUCGAGAUGGACACUAUUCUUGCACCAGAAGAUCAGCCACCAACCUUGAUGCAAUACAGGAACUAUAAUAAUCAAGACUUUCUGACUGACCGAUUCGGAUUUAUAUACGAUCAACGACGCAAGAAAAGACAAAGAGAAGCUGCUGAGAGAGUUCGGAAGGGCAAGAGAGGUAGUCGUGUAGAAAUGCUUAGCGGUGGGAGAAGUAACACUAUCUCUGCGGCAGUAACUGAAGGGGAUGAUAUCGACGACUUUCGUCCAGGUUCACCCGGAUCUACAGCAACUGAAGACAAGGGUGAUGAUGAAGAUAAGCCAGUCAAACGUUGGCAAGACUACCUAAAGAUAGCAACAUUUCCCACGGAGCUACUAGCCCAUACACCAUCAAGUAGUAUGCCUGCGUUCGAAGUCAUGGAAGGAGGCGAGGUGCCCAGAUCUCCUGGGAUCUUAACCGAGGAAAGAGGGUUUAUUCCUUUGCCGACUACAUCAGCUCCUGUAUUAUCCGUCACAUCGGAUGCCGCCACGAUCUCGAAGCCUAUUCCAUCAAUACCCUCUCCACCAGCUCCUCAACUAGAAGAUGCUGAACCGGUGAAAUUAUUACUACAGCAACUUGGUGAAGUUCACGAUUCCUUGCAAAGAGACAAAACCGUACGAUGGAAUGAUUUUCUUCGCAAAGUUAGAGCUGAACGCAAACGUGAAGGAGAGGCAGCAGCCGCUGCUCUUGCCUCAAAUACGGACUCGCGUUCACAACGGCCUAUAGCACUUAUGCCCGAAGCAAGCCUAGCAGAUGGUGAAAUUAUUGGUGUCUCUGGUUUGGGCAAUAAAGGCAAGGUUGGCCGUGCCAAGUGGAACGAGUUCAAGAAUCUAGUUCUAGGCGGUAUUCCAGUAGCAUACAGAGCCAAGAUUUGGGCCGAGUGUUCUGGAGCUUCCGCGAUGCGCAUCCCAGGCUACUACGACGAUUUGAUAGCUCGUAGUGAGGAAGAUGAUGAUCUAGCUGUUGUUGCUCAAAUUCAAAUGGAUAUCAAUCGUACCUUGACUGACAAUAUUUUCUUUCGAAAAGGUCCUGGGGUCGCUAAACUCAACGAGGUACUCCUGGCUUACUCGAGAAGAAAUCACGAAGUUGGAUACUGUCAAGGGAUGAAUCUGAUCACUGCAUGUCUAUUACUUAUCAUGCCAACUGCAGAGGAUGCUUUCUGGGUUUUGACAAGCAUUAUUGAGCACACUCUUCCACCUGGAUAUUACGAUCACAGCCUUCUAGCCUCCAGAGCAGAUCAGCAAGUGCUACGACAAUACGUCGCUGAAACCCUACCCAAGUUAUCUCAACAUCUGGAUGAUCUUUGCAUUGAGCUCGAAGCCCUCACAUUCCAAUGGUUCCUUAGCGUUUUCACCGAUUGUCUAUCCGCCGAAGCUCUCUUCAGAGUAUGGGACGUCGUACUUUGUAUGAAUGAUGGCAGUACCUUUCUUUUUCAAGUCGCACUAGCUCUAUUGAAACUCAAUGAGCAACAAUUACUACAAUGCUCAUCACCAGCAAAUGUUUACACGUAUAUCAAUCAUCAAAUGACCAAUCAUGCCAUCAGUAUUGAUGGAUUGAUCCAUGCAUCAGAAGGAUUACGCAAAGUGGUGAAGCGAGACGAGAUUGAAAUUAGAAGGGCAAAAGCUAUUGAAGCCGAAAAGGAUCUAGUCAAACAACGCGAAGCUAGGAAUGCAGCACGAAAAGCCCAGAAAAUUGCGGCAUCAGAAGUAAGUCCCGAGAUUUCGAUUUCGCCGCCAACAAAGGAUAAAGAUACGGCAAAUGACGAAUCGGAGGAUUUGAAAGUCAAAAUACCCUUGCAGGUAGAGGAUGAUGUGGACUAA